CGGCCAGGCGAAGAGGAGCCGGCCGUGCGGUGUGUGUGUAUGUGUUCGCGGGGCCCCGUCUCAGCCCCGGGAAGAUGGUGGCGGUGGCGGCGGCGACUGAGGCGAGGCUGAGGAGGAGGACGGCAACGACGACAGCGCCUGCGGGCAGAAACGGCGCGCGGCUCCGCGACUUUGACGCGACCGGGGCUGAGAGGCCGGGGCUGGGGGCCGGGCUGCGCCUCCCGCGGCUGCUGCUGCUGCUGCUCUCGCCUCUGCUGCUGCUACCCUGGGCUGCUGAGGCCGCGGCGGCGGCGGCGGCGGUGUCGGGCUCAGCCGCAGCCGAGGCCAAGGAAUGUGACCGGCCCUGUGUCAACGGCGGCCGCUGCAACCCUGGCACCGGCCAGUGCGUCUGCCCCUCCGGCUGGGUGGGCGAGCAAUGCCAGCACUGCGGGGGCCGCUUCAGACUAACUGGAUCUUCUGGGUUUGUAACAGAUGGACCUGGAAAUUAUAAAUACAAAACGAAGUGCACAUGGCUCAUUGAAGGACAGCCAAAUAGAAUAAUGAGACUUCGUUUCAAUCAUUUUGCUACAGAGUGUAGUUGGGACCAUUUAUAUGUUUAUGAUGGGGACUCGAUUUAUGCACCACUCAUUGCUGCCUUUAGCGGCCUCAUCGUUCCUGAGAGAGAUGGCAACGAGACAGUCCCCGAGGUGGUUGCCACAUCAGGUUAUGCCCUGCUGCAUUUUUUUAGUGAUGCUGCUUAUAAUUUGACUGGAUUUAAUAUAACUUACAAUUUUGACAUGUGUCCGAAUAAUUGCUCAGGCCGCGGAGAAUGUAAGAUCAGUAACAGCAGCAACACUGUUCAAUGUGAAUGUUCUGAAAACUGGAAAGGUGAAGCAUGUGACAUUCCUCACUGUGUAAAUAACUGUGGUUCUCCUCAUCGAGGCUUCUGCGAUUCAAGUGAUGUCAGAGGAUGUUCCUGCUUUUCAGGGUGGCAGGGUCCUGGAUGUUCAAUUCCUGUGCCAGCUAACCAGUCAUUUUGGACUCAAGAGGAAUAUUCUAACCUAAAGCUCCCCAGAGCCUCUCAUAAAGCUGUGGUCAAUGGAAAUAUAAUGUGGGUUGUUGGAGGAUAUAUGUUCAACCACUCAGAUUUCAGCAUGGUUCUAGCGUAUGACCUUGCUUCUAGGGAGUGGCUUGCACUGAAUCGUUCUGUGAACAAUGUGGUUGUUAGAUAUGGUCAUUCUUUAGCAUUACACAAGGAUAAAAUUUACAUGUAUGGAGGAAAAAUUGAUUCAACAGGGAAUGUGACCAAUGAGUUGAGAGUGUUUCAUAUUCAUAAUGAAUCAUGGGUGUUGUUGACCCCUAAAGCAAAGGAGCAGUAUGCAGUGGUUGGGCACUCGGCACACAUUGUCACAUUGAAAACUGGAAAAGAAGUCAUGCUGGUCAUCUUUGGUCACUGCCCUCUUUAUGGAUAUAUAAGCAAUGUACAGGAAUAUGACUUGAGUAAGUAUAUAUUUUCCAGAGUACCAGCUAUAAUUGGUAUUUUGAGAAAGACCAUUCUUAAGGACAGCCGAUUUUUCCGUUACUUGCACACAGCUGUGAUAGUGAGUGGAACCAUGCUGGUGUUUGGAGGAAACACACACAAUGACACAUCCAUGAGCCAUGGUGCCAAAUGCUUUUCUUCAGAUUUCAUGGCUUAUGACAUUGUUUUUCUUCUCUUCAUAGCUCUUGACCAUGACCGAUGUGACCAGCACAUGGAUUGUUACAGCUGCACAGCCAACACCAACGACUGCCACUGGUGCAAUGAUCAUUGUGUCCCUAGGAACCACAGCUGCACGGAAGGCCAGAUCUCCAUUUCCAAGUAUGAGAACUGCCCGAAGGAUAACCCAAUGUACUACUGCAACAAGAAGACCAGCUGCAGGAGCUGCGCCCUGGAUCAGAAUUGCCAGUGGGAGCCCCGGAACCAGGAGUGCAUCGCCCUGCCCGCGAACCACAGCGCCAAGCAGUGCCGGAUGCCGUGUGCCUUGCGGACAGCAUGUGGAGAGUGCACGAGUGGCAGCUCCGAGUGCAUGUGGUGCAGCAACAUGAAGCAGUGCGUGGACUCCAAUGCCUACGUUGCCUCUUUCCCCUUUGGCCAGUGUAUGGAGUGGUAUACCAUGAGCAGCUGCCCCCGUAAGUGGAACCACAAUGCCUUUUUGGCUUCUCUUACAUCCCAGAAGAAGGUAGAAUUUGUCCUUAAGCAACUGCGAAUAAUGCAGUCAUCGCAGAGCAUGCAUCAGCAAAACAGGGAUUUGGACAUGUUCAUCAACGCCUCCAAAAACUUCAACCUCAACAUCACCUGGGCCGCCAGCUUCUCAGCUGGAACCCAGGCUGGAGAAGAGAUGCCUGUUGUUUCAAAAACCAACAUUAAGGAGUACAAAGAUACCUUCUCUAAUGAGAAGUUUGAUUUUCGCAACCACCCAAAUAUCACUUUCUUUGUUUAUGUCAGUAAUUUCACCUGGCCCAUCAAAAUUCAGAUUGCCUUCUCCCAGCACAGCAAUUUUAUGGAUCUGGUACAGUUCUUCGUGACUUUCUUCAGUUGUUUCCUCUCUUUGCUCCUGGUGGCUGCUGUGGUUUGGAAGAUCAAACAAAGUUGCUGGGCCUCCAGGCGUAGAGAGCAACUUCUUCGAGAGAUGCAGCAGAUGGCCAGUCGUCCCUUUGCAUCUGUAAAUGUUGCCUUGGAAACAGAUGAAGAGCCUCCUGAUCUUAUUGGGGGAAGUAUAAAGACUGUUCCUAAACCCAUUGCCCUGGAGCCAUGUUUUGGCAACAAAGCUGCUGUCCUCUCCGUGUUUGUGAGGCUGCCUCGAGGCCUUGGUGGCAUCCCUCCUCCUGGGCAGUCAGGUCUCGCAGUAGCCAGCGCCCUGGUGGACAUUUCUCAGCAGAUGCCCAUAGUGUACAAAGAGAAGUCAGGAGCCGUGAGAAACCGGAAGCAGCAGCCCCCUGCACAGCCUGGGACCUGCAUUUGAUGCUGGGGCCAGGGACUCUCCCUGAGCAAGGGAGGUGUGGUGUGACAGCCGUCCGCAGGGAGGGAGCAGGCAGGGAGAGCUGGCAGAGCGGAUCGGGGCAGAAGACUGGAAACCCUCCGACUGGAAACAUCCAACUGGAAACAUCCGACUCAUCUGCAUGUUCACAAGCUUUCUUUGACGGUUUCUCCCAUCUGUGCUCCAGCAUCUAACCUUUUACUUUUGCAUAGGAAAUAAUUGAUUUAACUACAGGUACAGAAGUGAUCCAGCUGUUGCUGGAGGAGGCCGGUGUGGAGCCAGUGAGAGAGCUAGGGAUGUCACUCAGGUCACUUGUGGGAAACUGGUCUUGGGACUGUCUCAGCUGUGCAAAAAAAA